AUGAUUCCAACCAGAGCUCUCAGUGUCCAACAAACAAUCGAUGAGUCUAACUACAUUCUGGCGGAACUGACCAAUGUCAGACACCCGAGGAAUACGGAUUGUUAUGGAAUUCUCAAAAGGAAAGAAGUCCCAAUUUCAUGCUUCGAACGGGAAAUGGUUAAGAAGGAGAAUCGAUUCGAAAUGAGAUACACUCCAUAUGGAUCAAAAGAUCUUCCAAUUUACUUUAUGUUCUCGGACGAAAACCAAUCCCCAAACGAGUUCGAGCCAGCAACCAAAAGAAUGAAACUGGAGGACUACUCAUUGGUCAUUUCAUUGGAGCAACAGAUGGCAGUAGACUCAUUCAGUGGUCAAGAACGUAGAGUUACUAGAGAACUCAACAACGCUGUUCUCAACUUCAAUUGUCCGAUGCCCUCCUCAUCACUCACUGAUACUUUCUCUCCAGUCGCGUCCUCACCCUCGACAUCUUCCCGACCUCGUUCCAUGUCCGCCAAACAGGCUCAUGAGCUUCUGAGUACACCAAUACCCGAUAACGUCUACCUGGAUACCAAGGACAUUGCCAGACAAAUGAGAGAGUGGUUCACACUUGCAAUCUGUUCCCAGUCAUUCUUCGCUGCACAUGUUUUAGGAACAGUACGAAACCGUUUGCAUAGAGUUCUCACCAUCCCACGACCAUUCGAUUCAUUGAAGACUGGAAAGGAGUUGUUCAUCAAAAUGUACAAUUGGUUGAAGCUGUCGGAAGAUGUGAAAAAAGAGAUUCUGUCGAUAUUUGAAAUCGACAAUGAGAAGCCAAAGAAGUUUAUGAGAGGUCCAGAAGACUUGGGAAGUUUUUCAGAUGAGUACGACUACCCAAAGCUGGUCUCCCGAAAACGGCAAGUAUCACUUCAAUCGGAGGCGUCUUCUGAUUCCGGCGUUUCCACAAUGUCUACUCGUUCAUCUUGUCACUCAUCAAUCUCUACACAGAUGUUCGAAACAAUUGAAGAGGGUUAUGAUUUCACACAAUCGCUGACAUCUUCCGUUUCUGGAUCAUCACUGUCUCCUGAAUCAUCAUUUCACACAUCGGUUACCACUGAGACAUUCAAUGACCUCAUCAACAAACCAGUCAAUUACGUUGACACCAAAAGAAUCUCCGUGGUGGUCAAGAAUUGGCUCGAGAGAACUCAAGCGACUCAGGAGUGGUUUGCCACGAAGAUUUUGAAAAGAUGCAGAAGAACACUCAACCAAUGUUUGAAUAAUCCAAAGGACUGGAAAGAAUUGAGCCAAAAAAGAGAAAUUUACGUGAAGAUGCACAAUUGGAUGUGUCUGGCGGAAGAGCAGAGACACGAGAUGAUGAGAAUUUACAAUGCGCCCAACAUGGACUCCCAAUAA